UCUACUACAACUGGUGGAUCAACUACAACCGGUGUGUCAACUACAACUGCAGGUUCAACCACAACAGGUGGGUCGACCACCACAGGCGGAUCAACUACCACUGGUGGAUCAACUACCACUGGUGAAUCAACUACAACAGGAGGUUCAACAACAACUGGUGGAUCAACUACCACAGGAGGUUCCACAACAACCGGUGGGUCGACUACAGCUGGCAUUUCGACAACAACCAUUGGCUCAACUACAACUGAAAGUUCAACAACAACAGGUGGGUCGACCACCACAGGUGGGUCAACUGCCACUGGGGGAUCAACUACAACUGGUGAAUCAACAACAACUGGAGGUUCAACAACCACUGCUAUCUCAACAACAACUGUUGGAUCGACUACAACUGGAGGCUCGACAACAACUAUUGGUUCAACUACAACAGCAGGUUUGACAACAACUGGAGUAACAACUACAACUGUUGGACCAACAAACACUGAUGGGCCCACAACUUCAGCACCUUCUGCACCAGUAGUGGUUGUCACAGCCACCAUAGUAGAAGCAUUUGUAGAAGAACUCAGUGAUCCAAACAGCAGUCAAUUCACGACACUUGCUGCAAAAGUUGUAGAUGUGUAUGAUGCUGUCUACAGGACAAGAUAUGGCUUAAUCUUCAUCCGCACUUAUGUCAUCAAGUUCAUACGAGGUUCAGCGAGAACUCGAGUGGAUAAUACUGAAGUAGAGGUGGGAGUUGUGUUCAAUGACACUACGUCAUCUGCAGAACUCCCCAGCCCUGCUAAUGUUGCAACAACAUUAGUAGAAGCUGUGUCCAAUCCCAACAACUUCAGCAUUUCUGUGGAAUCCACCUCCAUCACAGCAGUGUCAACUACGACUGGUGGAUCAACUACAACCGGUGCAUCAACUACAACUGGUGGAUUAACUACAACUGGUGUAUCAACUACAACUGGAGGUUCAACAACAACUGGUGCAUCAACUACAACUGAUGUAUCAACUACAACUGGUGGGUCAACCACCACUGGUGGAACAACUACAACUGGUGUAUCAACUACGACUGGUGGACCAACUACAACUGGUGGAUCAACUACAACUGGUAUAUUAACUACCACUGGUGUAUCAACUACAACAGGAGGUUCGACAACAACUGGUGCAUCAACUACAACUGAUGUAUCAACUACAACUGGUGGGUCAACCACCACAGGCGGGUCGACUACCACUGAUGGAUCAUCUACAACCGGUGUAUCGUCUACAACUGGAGGUUCAACAACAACUGGUGUAUCAACUACCACUGGUGCAUCAACUACAACAGGAAGUUUGACAACAACUGGUGGGUCGACCACCACAGGCGGAUCAACUACAACAGGAGGCUCAACAACAACCGCUAUCUUAACUACAUCUGGAGGUUCAACAACAACUGGUGGAUCAACUACAACUGAAGGUUCAACAACAACAGGUGGGUCGACCACCACAGGUGGGUCAACUACCACUGAUGGAUCAUCUACAACCGGUGUAUCAACUACAACUGGAGGUUUAACAACUGGUGUAUCGACUACCACAGGCGGGUCAACUACCAAUGGUGGAUCAACUACAACCGGUGUAUCCACAACCACCGGUGUAUCAACUACAACUGGAGGCUCAACAACAACUGGUGGGUCGACCGGCACAGGCGGGUCAACUACCACUGGUGUGUCUACUACAACUGGAGGUUCAACAUCAACUGGUGGAUCAACUACGACUGGAGGUUCAACAACAACUGGUGGAUCAAUUACGACUGGUGGAUCAACUACAACCGGUGGAUCCUCUACAACCAGUGUAUCAACCACAACUGGUGGGUCGAUCACCACUGGCGGGUCGAGUACCACUGGUGGAACAACUACAACUGGUGUAUCAACUACGACUGGUGGACCAACUACAACUGGUGGAUCAACUACCACUAGUGUAUCAACUACAACAGGAGGUUCAACAACAACUGGUGCAUCAACUACGACUGAUGUGUCAACUACAACUGGUGGGUCAACCACCACAGGCGGGUCAACUACCACUGGUGGAUCAACUAUGAUUGGAGGGUCGACCACCACUGUUGGAUCUACUACAACUGGUGGAUCAACUACAACCGGUGUAUCAACUACAACUGGAGGUUCAACAACAACAGCUGGGUCGACCACCACUUUUGGAUCUACUACAACUGGUGGAUCAACUACAACCGGUGUGUCAACUACAACUGCAGGUUCAACCACAACAGGUGGGUCGACCACCACAGGCGGAUCAACUACCACUGGUGGAUCAACUACCACUGGUGAAUCAACUACAACAGGAGGUUCAACAACAACUGGUGGAUCAACUACCACAGGAGGUUCCACAACAACCGGUGGGUCGACUACAGCUGGCAUUUCGACAACAACCAUUGGCUCAACUACAACUGAAAGUUCAACAACAACAGGUGGGUCGACCACCACAGGUGGGUCAACUGCCACUGGGGGAUCAACUACAACUGGUGAAUCAACAACAACUGGAGGUUCAACAACCACUGCUAUCUCAACAACAACUGUUGGAUCGACUACAACUGGAGGCUCGACAACAACUAUUGGUUCAACUACAACAGCAGGUUUGACAACAACUGGAGUAACAACUACAACUGUUGGACCAACAAACACUGAUGGGCCCACAACUUCAGCACCUUCUGCACCAGUAGUGGUUGUCACAGCCACCAUAGUAGAAGCAUUUGUAGAAGAACUCAGUGAUCCAAACAGCAGUCAAUUCACGACACUUGCUGCAAAAGUUGUAGAUGUGUAUGAUGCUGUCUACAGGACAAGAUAUGGCUUAAUCUUCAUCCGCACUUAUGUCAUCAAAUUCAUACGAGGUUCAGCGAGAACUCGAGUGGAUAAUACUGAAGUAGAGGUGGGAGUUGUUUUCAAUGACACUACGUCAUCUGCAGAACUCCCCAGCCCUGCUAAUGUUGCAACAACAUUAGUAGAAGCUGUGUCCAAUCCCAACAACUUCAGCAUUUCUGUGGAAUCCACCUCCAUCACAGCAGUGUCAGCUACGACUGGUGGAUCAACUACAACUGGAGGUUCAACAACAACUGGUGGGUCGACCACCACAGGUGGGUUGACUACCACUGGUGGAUCAACUACCACUGGUGGAUCAACUACAACUGGUGGAUCAACUACAACUGGUGGGUCGACCACCUCAGGCGUGUCAACUACCACUGGGGGAUUAACUACAACUGGAGGUUCAACAACAGUCACAUCUGAGGCAAUCACAACAAAACAACUGACUUUCAGAUCAGUUGGAGAGACAUUCACAAUUGACUUGGCGAAUCCAUCAUCUGCAGCAUUUACAAGUCGAGCCUUAUUGAUUAAGACAACACUUGAACCUUUCUACAAACAAGAAUUUCUUUCAUUUCGCACCUUAAAUGUGGCGUCUUUCAGCAACGGAUCGAUCGUCAACAACAUUAGACUGGGCUUCGCAUCCACAUCUGUUCCUGAUAACACUGAGAUUGCAAAUGUAUUGAUCAAGGCAGCUUCAAAUAUCACAACCUUCAAUAUUGACACCACCUCCAUUUCUGUUGAUGGCACACAAGUGUCAAGUGGAGUCGGACACAAGAUCAGUCUCAUCAGUGCAUCCUUCCUGGUGCUGAUGUCAUGGCUGCUGUCAAGCCAGCAAUAGUUACUGAGCUGAUGUCCAUGUGAUUAGAAAAUGACGGCCAUCUCCGGUAUGAAAAAGGACACUAUUCUCAUCAGAAAUCCAAGAAGACCACAGAGGAUAAAAAAUUAUAAAUGGUUUGGAAAAAAACAAACAAAAAGUUGAGACACAAUCAUUAAAAAAGUUGAUUGCAGCGGCGCAUCUAUUCAACCAAACUUUGAUAAACCUUUCCUUAUUUCUGUUUGACAUCCUAGGAAGAUAAUCUACAAAAAUAAAAUGGUCAUUUUUACUGUAAACUCAGUAGAGUGCAUUCCUCCGUCAAGGCUGAGCAAUAUUCACAUUUGUCUAGUUUCUAUAGUUUGGUCUGAAAUUAUUUAUUCUUCAAAAAGCAUUGUUAACGAAAGGAAAGAAAACUAUUCCUGGAUUUGCCCCUUAAUCUGCAUUCAUACCAAAAUUGAAUGGGUUCUCUCCAGGCACAGGCCACAUCCCCCAACCAUGUUUGGUUGAAAUGGGUUUAGUAGAAUGUGUGCUAUCCUGCAAACAAACAAAGAGACACACGUGAAAACUUAUUGGUGGAGGUAAUUGAACAUUUGAGUAGUGACAACUGAAACCUUGGCAAAUCACACUUAACUUUUUAACAUAGUAUGAAUACAAUUUGAUUGCCCCUGCUAUAAUCAUAUAAUUUAGAACCACUGCCUCUUAAACGGACCUAAAGGUAAAUCCAUUGAAAUGUAUCAAGCAUUAUUUAUAUUAAAUUAUAUUUCACUUUAUUUAGUUAAAAUGAGAGAGAAAAAAAUUACUCCCAAGCCCUGUCCCAGUUUAUAAGGAAUGUCAUGGAAUUCCUGCAAUAUACAAUGUCUGAACCAUGCCUGGCAUUGUCGAAAUAAAGUGUAUUAAUUUGAAUGUAUUUAUAUUAUCAUACAUGUGUAUUCUGUGAGCUGAAUUGUAUUUUUGUAAAACUUUAGUAAGAAAUAUAAAGGGCUCUUCUUUUAAUGAUCAUGGUCGUAAGCGCAUUUGGGCACAUCCAAAUCCACUUUGGUGAAUUUAUUUUGAGCAAAAAAAGGUUGCUGCGCAGGCGCACGGUUCAGAAGGGUAGUACUUAGUCUCUUACUUAAGUAUCGGGUGUGUUUGGGGCUUAACAUGCUAUAAAUCAGUUAGACUACCAUCUCCCAUUCUUCACAGAUGUGUCUGAUUCUUGGUCGAUUGCUAUUUUAAGGGCCCGCUCAUCAGGUAGCCACGGAGGAGUGUGUCUGAAGAAGUGGGAAGUGUGUGUGGUAUAUGGUGCAUAUUACCUUUGACUUCAGACCAGGUUUUUGUUAGUCGAUCGUGCAAUUGGAUUCCACUGGCCCGUGAUAGCAAUGCGUCAACAAUGUGCCAAAACCAUACCUCAAUGUAAGACCAACUAGAGCAGGGGUGUCAAAGGGGCCACAUACUGCCCACUUUGAUCUCAAGUGGGCCAGACCAGUAAAAUCAUAGCAUAAUAACGCAUACAUAACGACAAUAUUUCUCUAUGUUUAAAUCAUUGGUGAAGGUUUUUGGAUGAUAAACCCUAUUUUAAGGUCUUUCUACAAUAAACUAGAAACAUAAAGACCAAAAACUCAGACAUCAGCCCACUGUUUAUCUGCCUGGGCUCUCCUCUGCAGAUUCCCUCGCUGCGUCACAAAGCGAGCAGCGAGCGCUUCUGCCUCCGGAGCAGACAUCGCAUUUACGCUGUUUUUGAAGCAAUUACUGGAUCGAUUAAAAAAAUUACAAAACGUUUGUACUCAUAAACCUCCAUAUUCUUAAGAUACAUUCUGAUUCACGAGUGUAAAUCGCUACUCUUACUCUUUACUUGUUUUACGGUCUAUGGCAUGCUCUUACUGAUACAGUGUGACCCCCAGUGGACUGAUUAGGAAUAGCAGCUACUUUUAUAGAAAUGCAAUUUAUGUCUUUCUGUAAUUUUCACACUUAGCAAAGUCAUCCGGCGGGCCGAGCUGGACCCCCUGGCGGGCCGUAUGUUUGACACCCCUGAACUAGAGGAUAGGCAUUCAGAUGGUGCAUUUGAUAUUCAAGCAACGUGGGGGCUGGACAGGAAAAUGACAACUGCAUCAGUCUGCGACUAGCAAAGACACUUGGGUCACGUGUGGCACUACUUUGCACUGCUUUAUGCUGGGUGUAAGCUUGAUCCAUCUACUAUGGAUAUAAAAAUGUGUAAUACUGUAUGAUGAAGAUGCUUGAUUAAAGGCUCUGAAGACAAUGAAAA